GGCGGAAGGAGGCACGAUUGGCGGCGAUGGCUAAAACAUUUGGUGUUGGUCGGGUUCGGCCCGAAGGAAACAAAGAAAUCAUGGCGGCCCGGAGUGUUUUUUUUUUUUUUGAGCGGGAUGCUGGGUGGGGAAGCUGCGGCUGUUGUUUUUUUUUUUGGGCGGGGGGGACUGGACCUAAAAUGAACUUCUAUGUUUUUAAUUAAUGCAAUGCGUGACUCUUGAGCUCGCGCUAUUUGUCUGCAGCUAAGCAAUUAGCAUAAGCUAACAACGAAGCUAGGUUGGGAUCAGGUUGCCGCUUUUUUUUCACCACAAGUUCCACUUUUGGGGGAUAAAUUGCCCAUUUUGAACUCAUUUAUUCAACAUUUCCUUACGUCACCACGGUGAAACCCACCCAGAAUGUGGUCUGCCGCCACAUUGUGUCCACUUCCUGGUGUAAAGCAGCCCCCAGGGCUCAUCCGUUUCCGAGACGGGGCCGUCGGGACUGUUGUGGCCGAGCGGUGCGUCGCCCGGGCCGGCCAUGCGUCUCGGCUGUCACUCGCCGCCUGGCGAGUGGUGGCGAUGGUUGAUCUCCUUGUUUUUUGAAAAGUCGAGGGAGAAAUGCGCAAAGCCAAUCAUGGCGCGCACAGCAGCCACGCAAAGACCAAUGAAGAUGGAGUCAGCGGCGGCCGAGGCUCAGCAGACGGCCGAGUCUGCUGAGACAGAAAAUCAGCAGCAGAUCACGCCGGCACAGCUUGCUACCUUGGCGCAGGCAUCUAUGGCGUCAGGCCAUGGCUCGGCAACAGGUCCCACGGUGACGCUGGUGCAGCUUCCAAACGGACAGACGGUCCAAGUGCACGGCGUGAUCCAGGCCGCACAGUCGUCCGUCAUACAGUCCCCACAAGUACAGGCUGUGCAGAUCUCAACCAUCGCCGAAAGCGAGGAUUCACAGGAGUCGGUGGACAGUGUGACUGACUCGCAGAAGCGCCGAGAGAUCCUUUCGCGCCGACCCUCAUACAGGAAAAUUCUGAACGACCUGUCGUCGGACGCGCCUGCCGUCCCUCGCAUCGAGGAGGAAAAGGCGGAGGACGAUGUCGCAGCGGCGGCCACGCCCACCAUCGCCACAGUCACCGUGCCCACGCCCAUUUACCAGACCAGCAGCGGCCAGUACAUCGCCAUCACGCAGGGCGGCGCCAUCCAGCUGGCCAACAACGGCACCGACGGCGUUCAGGGCUUGCAAGCGCUCACCAUGACCAACGCGGCGGCCGCCCAGCCCGGCGCCACCAUCCUGCAGUAUGCGCAAACCAGCGACGGACAGCAGAUAUUGGUGCCGAGUAACCAAGUGGUGGUGCAAGCUGCCUCUGGGGACGUCCAGGCCUACCAGAUCCGAGCGGCACCUGCCAACGCCAUCACCUCCGGGGUGGUCAUGGCCUCGUCGCCCGCCCUGCCCACGCAGGGGGCCACCGAGGAGGUCACCCGCAAGAGGGAGGUCCGCCUCAUGAAAAACAGAGAGGCGGCGCGCGAAUGUCGCAGGAAGAAGAAGGAGUACGUCAAGUGUCUGGAAAACCGAGUGGCCGUCCUGGAGAACCAAAACAAGACGCUCAUCGAAGAACUCAAGGCCCUCAAAGACCUUUAUUGUCACAAAUCCGACUAAAUCCCCACCUGCUCCAAGCCUGGAACGAGUUUCUUUGCUUUGGGCUGGAGUAGCUUUUGCGCUCAUUCGGUCUUGGACUCUUUGGUUUCCCUUGCCUCAAGUUUUUCAGUAUGCCAUACUUGUUUUAUCAUGGGUCCAUCAUGUGUAUGGAAAGACAAAGAAGCAAACGUUAACCAGUUAGCAAGACUGAUUCUGUCUUGAGUCAGGCUGAUUCUGACUAAUCAUGGGACUCCACCUGCGGUUCUCACUCAAACAUCAGAUUUUUAGCUUUUCGCUGGAAAAACCCCCACUGACCAGCCCCCCCGAGUCAUUUUGGUAGAGCAGACCUCGAAACCUGCUAACGUAUGUCUACUUUGGCUCAGGAAUGAGUCAUUGUGGUUCCAACUCAAAGCAUCUUUUGUAUAUUAUUUUAGCUUUAGCCUAAGAACCUGUGGACCAAAUGCCAUUUGCGUUUGUCAACCCUGGUGCAGACAACUAAUUGUCCAACUGCAUUUUUUAAAAAAUGACAACUUUUGGCCUGAACUAUAAAUGAACCGACUGACCGUAUGGUUUGGUCCCAAUACUGAAAUGGGUUCAACAAGUCAUUGUUGCCAUGGUUACAAAACAUGAUGGGCCCACGGUAUACAUUUAGACAUAAGCUGGGCAAGCCUCGCCAUGGACAAGUUUGAAAGGACGACUUUCCUCGGAGGGACACCCGCCCAGACUCUUGAACCAGUCGGAAAGACGACACACACACACAAAGCCCACAACCUAAUGAGACACUUUUAACGUAUUCGCCAAGACUGAGGUCCUUUAUUUCACUGUGUCCAUUUGGGACUGAAUUUCUUCAACUUUUAAAGUAAAACCACCAGGUAUGGCCAUUUUCUACUCCAUAAACUGACACACAAAAAAAAAGAGAGAGACAAAUGUGUGAUUUCAACAUUUGCAUGAGUAACACAUCCAGUCUUAUGUGUUGAUUUUUUUAUACAACGUACAUGUACAUAGACGCUUCUGCAUGUGUAGACUUGAUGUAUCUCUGUUUAUUGAUAUAUUUGUAACAUACUGUACAUCGGUGUGCGCGUGUGUGUGUGUGUGCAUGUGUGCGAGGCCUAGCGGUCACGGCAGCUACGAGUUUGUUGGAGGUGUACGAGGUUGCGGUGCCAUAUUUUUCUAUAUUUUCAUUAUUAAUUGUCAAUCAGACAUACAGCCAACCGUUUGUGUUAAAUGCCAUUGCGUUAUUUUAUUUUCAUAGACACAAGCAAGGUAAUGGAAGCACAAAUGUUCUUUCAAAUGCACUUCUUUUGUCAUUCAUGUCUUAUGAACUAUGGGUCGGCAUUUGAUUGACCAUUUAUCGAUUACAUCACUCAAUUCUCAUUGCCCAGUUGACAUGUCAAUUAUUACAAUCUUAUUUCUUACUGCUCAUUAGAAUUGGCUUCAUGUCAAUCAUUUUGUGACAAUUCUUCAGUAAGGUCAAUCCGCAUUAGCUAAUCUAAAUAUCUAUUUUUACCCAAGGAUCAUUUGGUUACAUCAUCUAGUCUAUUCACCAGUCCACAAAUCUAUCUUUAGCCAGUUUAUUGCCUUGUCAAUCAAAGCAGCCUUUUCAUUAGCUCAUAGUCAGGUGCCCACUGGUGGACCCAACCCCAAAUUUACAAUUUGUCACUUAGAACCUUUGCACCAUCAGUCACUCACAGCUUUACAUCAGAAUUUUAAAGUUUUGUUUGGGAUUGUUUAUUUCAUGAUUAAGGAGCUUCAGCAGCAGUAUUGUUUUUAAUAGCUGAUAGAUUCUGCUAUUGUACAGUGGACAGACAUGUCUUAUUUGUAACGUAAGCAAGAUGGCGGCUGUUGUGUGUUUCUCGUGUCCACAGGAGCUCUGAUAAGUCAUAUAUAUAUAUGGAUGAGGGGAAGUAUAUAUGAAUGUGAUUUAUUUUGUUUGUAACCACCACUCACUGUACUGGUGCUGGCUGGACAAGUUAAGUAAUAAUGGGAACAUUUCUAGGAAUUUUCUAUCUUGGUGACUUUCUAUAUGGCCCCCCCUUUGCGAGUUAUUAAUUUGUUUUUAAAGUUUCCUCGUUGCGGUCACCUUAUGAGUUACUGUGCUCUUUGCAGAACAAUAGCAUAGCAGCUGAUUAUUACUAUUCUUUUUUGUAACCAUUUGUUAUGUCGCAAUAAACUGCACGAGCAGAUGUGUAAAUGACUCAUCAAUAAAAUGUGCUUAAUAUUUA